AUGCACUGCCUACAUGAGCAAGGCAAUGUCCAUUUGGAUCUGAAACCAAGCAACGUCCUCUUGGAUUCUGAUAUGACUCCUAAGAUUAUUGAUUUUGGAAUAUCUCAAUUGUUGAACGACAACAAGAGUGAUACCCAUGGUAGUGCUGCUUGGGAUGCUCGGGAGGAUGGUAGGAUGGAUGAGUUAUUUGUUCCGGAACUGCUUGGUGAUGAGCCUCAGCUAAAGGAGAUCAAGAGGUGCGUGGAGGUAGCACUACUGUGCACUCAGUUUGAUCAAGCAGACCGCCCCCACUUGGAGGAUGUUCUUCAGAUGCUACAUGGACUGAAAGAAAUGCCGACCCCAAAGAAACCAAGUUAUAUGGUGGAUUCUCCUGAUCUACAUGAUGACGACUGGAUUUUUGUGGAGAGGAAUGAUUUACCGUGA